UAAUGUCAAUCCAACACCAGUCAUAAUCUCAUCAGCAGAUAGUAGGUGAGAGUAAAUUACCAGAAGAAGCUAAAUGAUUUGUGUCUCUCAUCUUCAGUGCUUAUCUUCAAGUGCUGCAGGCUGCCUUUAACACAUUAGAGAUACAUGAACGAGAGAAAGUAAUCUUUGCCCUCUGCAGCCGUUAAUCAUUCAGUGACAGUCAAGGAGUUAAAAGCUAGUAACAGUUAAACUCAGAGACAAUUCCUCCAUCUCCGGUGUGGCAACAUGGCUACUGAUCAGUCUGAGGAUGUCGACAAGGACCUAAGCAGCGGCAGCCAAAGCAGUGGCCUCAUGGAGAGGAUCAGGACGUUCAGCCCCAAGGAGGUCUUCACCUGGCAGUUGGCCAGGACGCUGGCCAUGGGUCAGGGCCUGGCGGGGCUCAUCUGUGGGACGGCCAUCUCCUCCCAGUACCUGGCCUCCAGCUUCCAUGUGAACACUCCCAUGAUGCAGAGCUUCCUGCACUACACCCUGCUGUGUCUCACCUACACCACCAUGCUGCUCUGUAGAACAGGGGAUGGCAAUAUUUUACAGAUCCUGAGGAAGCGCUGGUGGAAGUACCUCCUGCUGGGGCUGGUGGACGUGGAGGCCAACUACGCUGUGGUCAAAGCGUACCAGUACACCACCCUCACCAGUGUACAGCUGCUGGACUGCUUCGUGAUCCCUGUCCUGAUACUCCUGUCCUGGUGGGUUUUAAAGGCUCGCUACAGGCCGGUCCACUACGUCGCCGUCUGCAUCUGUCUCAUGGGGGUGGGGGCCAUGGUGGGGGCCGACCUGCUGGCUGGAAGAGACCAGGGCUCCACCUCCAACAUCCUGUUAGGGGACGGUCUGGUCCUGAUCAGUGCCUCGCUGUACGCCGUGUCUAACGUGUGUCAGGAGUACACGGUGAAGAACCUCAGCAGGGUGGAGUUCCUGGGCAUGGUCGGCCUGUUUGGCACCAUCAUCAGCACCAUACAGAUGGUGAUCCUGGAACGUAAAGAAAUUGCUGCAAUCCAGUGGAGCUGGCAAAUUGGGCUCCUGUUCGCUGCCUAUGCACUGUGUAUGUACACUCUGUACAGCUGUAUGCCCAUAGUGGUGAAGCUGAGCAGCGCCACCGCCGUCAACCUCUCCCUGCUCACUGCAGACCUUUUCAGCCUCUUCUGUGGGGUCUUCCUCUUCCAGUACAGUUUCUCCGGGCUCUAUCUGGUCUCGCUGGUGAUCAUCCUCAUUGGCUUCAUCACCUUCAACGCUGUGCCAACACCCACUGACCACACAGACCCCGCCACGGCUUCUUUCCCCGUCUGUGAGGACGGUUACUAUAGUUACCCUGUGGCCUAUCAGAAUGACAUCAUCAAGCAGGAGGUGGCUGUGAGGAUCAGCACUGAAGGGGAGGGGGAGGCAGAGGAGUGGAGGAACGACAAGGAGAAGAGGAGAUCAGGGAGAUGUAAGGAGGAUGUUGGACUCAGCACUAAAAUGUGACAUUGUCUUUUUUUUUUUAUUAAACAUUCAUUUAUUUAUAAAAUGUUGCUUAAAGGAACGCACAAUACAGACAUAAUGAGAAGAUAAAAGAGCACAUACAACAGUGGUACCGUACACUUAAUUGUUCUUGCUUCUGAUGUUUUUGUGGUCAUCCAAGUUGAGUUAUAAAUCUAUUUUACAUGUUCAUUGUUCGCAAUAAAAAGUCAGCUGCCUGACUGUCCUUUA